AAGUAUUCCAUUCCAGCUUUACAAAGAAAACUAAAGUGAGAGGUGUAACAACCAUGAAGUGUCAUAUGAUCAUUUUUUUUCUCAUCUUGGGAUUAUGCUACUGCUUCACAUCAAAUGUUUUUGCUGGUGCACCCUAUGAGGAUGAUAUCUGCAUACAGGAAUCACUGAGAGCUAGUGAUGCUGAUUUCUGUAGUGGAGGCUUAAAAGUGAUAUUUCCUGAACUUGGAGAUGUUGCUUGCAGCAUUAUACCUUUUUGCCACCAGUACAGAGAGAGAAUUAGUCACCAUUUAGGAAAACCAAAGGUCCAGCUACCUCAGGCAAAUAAGGCAAAGAAAUACGUUCUGAUUAUGGUAGACCCAGAUGCUCCGAGUCGCAACAGUCCCACGCGAAAAUUCUGGCGACACUGGCUCGUCACUGACAUCCCUGGCAGCAGUCUGUUGAAUGGUUUGGCUGAAGGAAAAACGCUUUCAGAUUAUAAACCUCCAACUCCACAGCAAGGAACUGGCUUUCACCGAUAUCAGUUUUUGGUAUUUGACCAACCUACAGAUAAGAUUCUUCAACUUAGUCCAGAAGAAGAAAAGUCAUUAGGAAACUGGAACCUGGAAGGCUUCAUCAAGAAGUUCAGCCUGGGUUCUCCACUGGCAUCAACACAAUUCCUGACUCAAAACUCAAAUGACUAAUCAGAUUAGGCCCAUCUCACGCUGAGGUCACUGCCUCCACAAAGCAUGAAUCUUUUACUAUGGUGGUGUCCCUCUAUCCCAAAAGAGAACAGUCCUCCUCUUCAAGCUUUUUCAUCAUCCUGCCCAACGCCUCUCACCAACUCCGUUGCAGAUUGUUUUUCUUUACUUAGCACCUGAUUUUAAAAAUAAACUGUAUUUUCUGCUGCAGA